AUGGAUGAUGGAGUGAAACAUGCUGAAAACGAGAAAUGGGUUCGAAAUGGAAAUUUUUUGGUUACAUGCAUAGGUGGCGAGAUAAAGGUUUUGAACUGCCUUACCGAUGCGGGAACAGUACUGGAAUUAGGUACUGUAUCUCAUGUUGAAAAUGGAGUCGAAUACUCUUGUACUGAUGAUGAACCAGUAUAUGAAGGUUCUGGAGAAGAGAUUUCAGUGAAUAAUUGUCCAGAUAAUGCGGAUGGCUCCGAUGACAUUACUAUUGGACAUUUUCUCAUUUGUUGUAUUUCAAAACGAUUCAAGGGAUGCGUCGACGAUUACGGUGAUUCCGUCAAAACCGGGCACUUUGUGAUCGGAAAAGGACUGUUGAAGUACUGUAACAUUCAGAAAAACGGACUCAAAGCGAGGAUUGAACCGAAAGGAUGCUUCAACGGAUCGCGUAUGGACGAUGUGGAAGAUGUGAGCCUCCAUGUAAAAAAGUAUACCGUUUGGAAACAAGGCGCUUACGACAUGAGAUGUGGUGACGAUGGAAUCCAAGUUUACAGAUGCUAUGUGGGCAAUAAAACUGUUUAUGUUGGACAAGCCUGGAUAGAUCACGAAGGAAUUGUAAACAUAUGUAAAUAA